CUUCUGUAGUUCUCGUUUUUGUUCAUAUGAAAGCAAACUACCAAAUUUAUUACUCCCUAGAUGAUUCCCGGCUUCUCUUUCUAUCUCUCUCGCUCUUGAUCUAACAAAACUCCGAUACUGAAUCUGCAUCUUCAACUUCCCUCUGAAAAUUUCCAGUUUCCUUCACAAUCAAAGAUGAGAUCCGCUUUUACAUAAAAAAAAGUACCCGAAUCAGGUAAAACUGAAACAAGUUGAUCUUCCAGCUCUUCUACAUAGUAAAGACUUAAAGUAGCAAUUCCCCAAAACGAUUCUGUUCAUUCUACGAACUAAGAUCUACCCAUCUCGCUAGAAUGGACAAUCGUCUCGAUGCUGAUUCAAGUUCUUCUUUAAGUCUAAUUGCAGCAAUGUCAUAUGGGAUUACUUCAAUGGCAAUGGUUUUCAUCAAUAAGGCUGUUUUAAUGCAGUAUUCACAAUCAUUGACCCUUCUCACAGUUCAGCAAUUGGCUACUACUUUGCUUAUACAUAUUGGUAGAACGAUGGGAUACACAAAGUAUAAAGGAUUCAAUUUGACAACUGCAAACAAGCUUCUUUUAAUCUCACUAUUCUAUAAUGCAAAUGUAGCAUUUGCUUUAGCAAGUUUAAAAGGAGUUAACAUUCCAAUGUAUAUUGCCAUUAAAAGAUUGACACCUUUGGCUGUAUUAAUAGCUGGAAUCUUCAGAGGAAAGAGGACACCUUCAUUACAGGUGAUUCUUUCAGUAGUGUUGACUGCUGCUGGGGUUCUAGUAGCAGCUCUGGGAGAUUUUUCUUUUGAUCUUGUUGGAUAUAGCAUGGCUUUCAUUUCUGUUUUCUUUCAGACCAUGUAUCUUGUAUUGGUUGAAAAAUCUGGUGCAGAAGAUGGGCUGUCCUCAAUUGAAAUUAUGUUCUAUAACAGUUUAUUGUCCUUACCAUUCCUGAUGUUCCUUAUCAUAGCCAUGGGAGAGUUCCCAUCUUCUUUGUCACUCUUAUUUGCAAAGAGUUCUUCCUUUUCCUUCAUGUUGAUUCUUCUUAUUUCGCUGGUGAUGGGCAUAGUUCUCAACUACACCAUGUUCUUAUGCACCGUGGUUAACUCGGCUUUAACCACAACCAUUGUAGGCGUCCUCAAGGGUGUUGGAUCCACGACAUUAGGUUUCUUCUUACUUGGAGGGGUGGAAGCGCAUGCUCUGAACGUGACUGGAUUGGCGAUCAACACAGCUGGUGGUAUAUGGUAUUCUUACGCUAAAUAUAAUCAAAGAAAGAACAAGCAACCGCCUAGGAUAACUAUACCUGAUUUGGAAGCCCAUCGUAAAUAGAUCAUUUCACCAAGUUCCAUACAUUUUCUCUUACAGAAAAAAAAAUCUGGCACUCAAAAAUAUUCUAGUGCACUACAUACUCAUAAUUACAAAAACAAAAUAUAAAGUUGAUUAAAAAAUUACAUCUCAACAUUUGAGUCUAAUAGUAAUUUGUUUGCAAUUGCAUAGAACACAUGCUAUGUCAGAUUCCAUUGUAUUUGUGACAUUUCAUUUCAUGUAUGUUACAUUUUGUCAUUGAUGAAUAUAACAGAUAUGGAUCUUUCCACUUAAUAGGGUA